GCAGUUUUUGUUCGUUAUGCUGACUAUGGAGGUAAGUCGCAGUAAGGCCACCAGCCUCUUUAGCAGACGUCUACGCACUGCCUGACCUAUGAUACUGAGUGGCCAAUAAAUUGGCCGUCUACUGAGUGUAACACAGCCUGUCUACAUCAUUUACAUGGUUUCCUGUUGGCUCGGCUUUCGAUUACCUUACGCCUGUGGAAACGGCUUCGAGUGGUUGUGGUUUACAUCUUGUGAUCCAUAGUUUGGGCUACCGCGGUUGGUUAGGUGCCCGCGUAGGCAAUGCGUCUCAUCAGAAGCUGACAAAGUUUGAAUUUUCUCUGUUGGUACCUUCAAAAUCGUAAACUGAACGUGGCAUUGGAUCUUCCAAGGUAGCUGAGAAGAAAAAGAGUACAAAUAGGUUGAAUUUAUUCUCCUUCGUCGAAACAAGUCAUCCCACCAAAAAUUGCUUCAAAGCACGCAUGAACCUUUACGACCAAACAAAAACAAUAGUCACCUCUCGCCUUACAACCUCAUGUUAAGCAGCAGACUUAUCGACACUCCUUCCUGUCAUCGUUCAUAGAUAUGGCACCAAUGUCAUCGUCAACCAAGGCAUCUUGGGGCUGCUUGCCCGCGGAGAUCAGGCUUCUCAUCCUCGAAGUCUUACUGCAGGACGGUUGUAGCUUGGCCAGCCUCGCUACAGUGUCGCGAGAGUGGCAGGCGGUUAUCGAGCCGCACAAUUUCGCCCGAAUCAAGGUGACGCCGUCACGCCUCGCCGAAUUUGAUUCUAUGAUUCAUCGUAAUCGGGCUGUCGUAAGCUACAUAUGGCUUUGUUUGGAACUUCAAGAAUAUGAUUGCACCAGGUGUGCGCCUGAAGAACUGGAAAAAUGGGGCGUCUCCAACACAGACAACAUCCUAAUUACCACGGCAUUCCUGGAUCUAUUCUCAAGUCUCAGCACGUGGGAGCCAGAUGGCAACCUUCUGCUUGAUAUCAGCGUUCACUCGCCCAGUGACUCAGGACAUUGGUUCAAAUAUCUGACCUUUGGGCCGGAUAUUUCUUCUGGCGAGUGCGACCAGGACCGAUACAUACAGAAGCCGAUUCUGUCCGAGUUUGACGACAGCCAGCAUGGUUGGUUUGCUGGCAGUCAAGAAUCACCUCCGACCGAUUUAGCUAUCCACAGAGUUUUCGAUGAAAUCAUGGGCGAGGGGCCGUUCGAUAACGACGAACAGGAAAACCAAUGGUGGCUGCAACUACCAUUGGUUCCCGCAGUAACCGGUGUUCUUCUACGUCAACAGACCCGCCGGCGAUGGAAGCCGAAAGCACUGUCACUGAUGUUUACCCGUCUUCCCGGACUCCAGGAAAUCCACUACGAGCCUUGGAGGGAAUGGGACAAUACUCUGCAGCGGUGGACGGAUGAAUCUUACCGAUCGCUUUUUGAACAAUUCGCUUCUUGCAAGUUACGCAGACUCAUUGUCUUUGAGAAUUUCAAUCAACAGUACCCACAACGUUUUACGUAUUGCGAGCCUAUUCGAAUCCCGGCCCCGGAUGUCAGCCGGACGCUCGCUAGUGCCAGUCUUGAGCUUGAGCACCUUUCGGCAUCGUUUGUAGUGGACGCUGACUAUUUCUUCCAUGCUUUCAAACCUUCCUGGAAGUGGCCCAACCUGAUUUCGCUUGCGCUGACCUCGCGGCUGCUCGCUCCCGGUGAGAGCACGAUCGAGAUUGAUGACAUGCUACAAAGAGCGGCAAAAGUGGCCAAGAAAAUGCCAAAUCUUCAAACAAUGGAGAUAUGGAACGGACGAAAGGGAUUGGCAGCACUCUUUAAAUACCAGUCAAUUGGUCAUGGCGGUUAUGGGCAGCCUGCCGAGAUAACCUGGAGAGGAACAUGGGAUUAUGCCUUGCACCCUUCUGUGAUCCGGGCUUGGGAAGCAGUCGCACUGAAGCAUCGUGCAAAUGGAUGUGUUACUAUCAAGGAGUUCCUGGAUGUUGGUGUUGUUAAGUCUCAUGGCGACGCGAUUUAUUAUUUAGAUCUCUCAAACACAGUAAUUCGCCCCCUUUCAUUACAGCAGAUUCGGUUAGAGCAGAGGAUUAUUCAGGGGGUGUAUGACUGGUAG